GAUUCUGAUCACGAGGGCGAUGAUACCGAGCCCGCCGGACCUGUGAGCGGCAAUCGUCGCCUGGACGAGCCGCGUUCGUUCACGAUGGACGUGGACGGCAUCGCGGAGAAAACUGCCGAGGCCAUUUAUCCGUCCAUCCUAGCAGGAAGCCACGUGCCCAUCAAUCCGACACGCCAGCGUUUGCUGGCUGCACAUGUGAAGGCC